AUGCGCGAAAGCUUUGACAGUUCGAAGGGAUUCCCUCCACUUGCCGACGUCAUUUCAUCUCGGCAACAUGGCGGUUCGGUUAAAACUUUAUCAACACGCUGCGCUUUCUUCGCUUUUUUGACGGUGUUUGCAACCCAGGUUGCAGUGGUGUGUUCACAGCAAAAUGAACGAGCCAAGCCAGACACGAUGUCAGUUGUGAUAAGCAAAGACUCCUUACGGAACCAGGACUUGAUCCAGGUUUUGAACUCCCCAACUGUGAUUGACAAUAGUGUGACUCUGACUGUUGAGUACAGGUGCAGCCGUACCAGAACAACUGGAGUGGAAAUUACAGCUGACACUGAGAGAAGAAAAUCCGAAAAGAUUUACAGAAAAGUAUGGAAGUGUUCAGGUGGCAAAGACAGUUCUGUGCUCCAUAAAAAUGUCCACAUUCACUUGGCGGGCAAAUAUGCGUAUCGACCUGACCGAUACAACCCAGAUAUUGAGAUUUUGUCUCGUGUGGUCAUACGAGCCUGGGUUAUAGACUCUCAUAGAUGGUCUAAACUGGGCCUUGCCAGAAAGGAACCGUAUAAACAUGCAUUUGUAAAGGUAUCUUACAACACUUCUGUGGUGUCACCAUAUAUAAGGCCUCCAGAUCAAAGAAUAUGCCUUUCAUGGUCAAGUAGUGUAUUCAGGAUGCUCGAUUGGUCAAAAAUUGGAUUUUGUCCCAAAGAAAUAGAGACAGUAGAAGUUGUCCGUUAUCCAGCAGCUUUUUCUGGCUCCUUUCACGGAGUGUUUAGACAUUUUGACAGAUACACCGACAGAAAUCUGGAAGGACAGAGAACAACACAGCUGCCAGAUUUCACAGUGUCCAUGUGGGUUUACAUACUGGAGUACUGCCCAGGGGCCAGGCUCUGCAGCCUCAUGCAUCACUUCAGCAGAAAUGAUUUGUUCCUUUCUCCUCUUCUCUGUUUUAAUCCUGAAGGAAAAUUACACAUCCAGUUUAUGUUAAGGAGUGGACAGCCAAUGGCAGUGCUGACACCUUUUGUCAUUCCAAAAUUACAGUGGAUUCAUAUGGUGUUCAGUUUCAGGAAAAAACAGUGGGCAUUGGAUGUGGAGUAUGGAGAAAACUUCAACAAAUCACUGAACACAUAUUUGAAUAUUUAUGAAGAUGUUGUUUAUGAUGACACAGAGGACAUUUUUACCUUUGGUGGUUCAGAGCUGAUGCCCUCAUUCAAAGGAUACAUCGGCAAGGCUACUUUCUACAGAAACAAAGCCUUCUAUGCAGGCCAGCUUCCUCGUCCCAGCCCGUAUCACCCAAUGUUCGAGCUGGGGAUAACCGCCCGAGGAGAGCGCUGUCAGACUUACACAAGUAAAAUACAACACCGGAUAUACCAGUGUCGUAUUCUGAAGAAAAUCCGGGACCAGGAAGUUUCGUGUCCAAACUUCUUUGAUGACAUCAGAGUUAACCAGAAACUUGCCGCAGAAGGAAAUCAGUGUCCAAUAUGGGAGGCUCCGCGGUCAAAACAGUAUGGAAUUGUGAACAAACUGGUCAAACAGCUGAUACUCAGUGGUCAGAUGGUCAGUCGUAAAGACAUAGGAGAUGCCAUUUAUAAAAAAGUUGUGGCCAAAAUAGACAACUCUGUGGAAAGUGUGCCCUCAGUGAUCAGACUGUUGAAACAGGCUGCGUGUUACGACAGUUACGAUGCCAUGUACAUGCUGUCGGUCAUACUGAACAAUGGAUUCUGGGUGAAGUCUGAUGAGAUACAGUCCCACGCUUUUCUCAUGCUGGCAUCGCUUGAACGACACCGCCUGUCCAUGAUGUCCCUGGCUAGUAAACACAACCUAGGUCUGGACGGCAUUCCACUGGACAAGGAACAGGCUUUUAUGUAUUACAAGUAUGUGGCUGAACAGGCAAGAGAGGACAGAGAAAUACACAAAGACACAGAUAUUGUGACAGAGUCAGUGAGGUUAACUGAUGAACUUCAGAUGAAAGAACAAACGGAUGAAGAAGGGGACAUCUUUAUGUGGAUGAAACACCAGGCUAAACAGGGAGUGUUGGGAGCGCAGCAAUAUGUCGCUCGAUCGCUCUUCUGGGGUAGUCAGGGUUUGCAGCGUAAUGUUCAGGCGGCACUGGAGUAUUUCCGACUGGGAGCUGAACAGCAAGACCCAGUGUCUAUGUACGACUAUGGGAUUGUUCUCAUGAGGGGACAAGGUACAAAAAAGAAUGUAACUAAAGGCUUGGAGCUGAUGGAGAGAUCAGCUGAAAGGGGUAACCCAAAUGCCCUCAGCGCUCUAGGCUGGCAUGCCCUGGAAAUGGAGAAGAAUUACACGAAGGCGGCAGCUUUCUUAGAAAGGGCCUUCAAGCUGGGCAAUCCUGAUGCUGGACAUAACCUCGGACAUAUGUACUUGACGGGGAAGUAUCCCAACCACACUGUUGACAAGGUAAUAUGUUUAAGUUGUUUUGAGUGGGCAGCAGCUCGUCACCAGUUUGACGCUGGAGUGAUCCUGUCACAGUUCCUGAUAAAGGGCACAGACCAGCUAAGCCCAAACACUGUCAUGGCUGUCGAAUGGGCACGAUUUAUGGCUGAAAAGAAUCCUCACAUAGGCCAUGUUUUGAGGAAAGCUUUGAAAACUUACAAGGAAGGAAACAUACCUCUGGCUCUGUUUUAUUAUUUACUCGCUGCUGAAAGUGGAAUAGAAGUGGGCAAUUUUAACCUAGCUAUUCUCUGUGAGGAAAAUAAGGAAGGUAUAGUGACUUAUGUGGAAAAGGAAUGUCAAUGGCAUCGCUUUAACAUCUCUCUUCAGAGAGAAGAACAACACAUAGAUCCAUAUGCUUUAAUAAAGAUGGGAGAUUAUCACUGGUAUGGCUGUGAGGGUAACAGGGAUGCAGAUCGCGCUGUGGAUUUUUACACCAGGGCUGCGCUAAAAAGAGAUCCACAUGCAAUAUUUAACCUGGCCUUCAUGGUAGAGGAGGGUGUACAACUUAACGAGGGUGUGCUACGUGUACUGAGGGUGCCGCGCCGAGCCAUGAGAAGUAACGUCACACUUCUCACUGAACUCUAUAGCAGAUGUAAGGAGUCUCCAAAGACUGAGGCUUACCUCCCUUGCAGCCUGGCCCUCUGGAGGAUUCAGCUGCUGGAUGUCUGGACACGUUACAGGAUGUGGAUGACGGUGUCAUCAGCAAUAGGAAUAACAGUCGUUACAUCUGCAACUCUCCUCUCUAUUUAUACUUAUUUUAAAGGUUUGAGAAAUCCAGCAACCAUGACAACAGGGGAAUUAACUCCUGACACAGUCUAGCCAGCAGAUUGUUUUCCAUUGAUGUUUCUCUACUGUGUUAUGGAAAGACUCACCCAUUCAUUUAUUUAUGCAUAUCUCAUUGUCUUGUGGAUUAAAGGUGUUUGUUGACGUUUAAGCAAAAUCUGAGGUCAUCUGUAAUCUUGUUGUUGUUUGUAAAGUCAGGUUUUGUUAGGAAAAGCACAGGAAAAACAAUACAGAGUCAGUAUACUGAAAGCAUAAUGACAAUGCGAACUCUUGAAACUGUGAUUACAUGUACGUCUUUAGACAUAAUAACUCCCGUAGAGGUUUGUAUUCAACUUUUAGGGAAAAUUCAGGUAUAACUGCUUUGAUCUGUGUUAAAGCUUUUGAAGAUGAGAUUUUAUUUAUGAAGAAAUCAACAUGUAAAAUAAUUAUCAUAAUUGUGAACAAUGCCCUUCGAAAUUUAACGUAUGUUGCAGGAAAAGAUUUCUCCGGUAGAAUUUACCCUAAGUUUUUUGGCUGACAGUUCCCAGUGUUGCUUUAGAGAACAGUUGAAGUCCAUCCAGAAAAAUAAUUAGUCUUGUAUACUGUCAGUAUGUUUUUGUCCAUCAAAACCACAUGAGUAAUAAAAGUAGGAUAGGAAUAUGAUGUAUACACCUAAUCAUAAAUGCCAGUAGGUAGAGUGUUUGGUGACUGAAUUUUAUGUAGUCUGUUAAGCUUAAAGAUUUACCACCAAUAUCUGACCUACAGAUUUAUUGUAUAUGUGCAGGGACUCAAAUACUAGCGUCACCAUAAUAUGGCUGAAAUUUUGCCAGUGUGGCGUUAAGGCAUAAUCACCCAUUCAAAUACUAGUGUUCAAAUGUGUUAAAAAUGUGUGGAUAUUUUCUGAUUUGAUACACUAUGCAUACAGAUUUAAGUGCAAUAAAUCAGUCUUCUCUUAUAUGUAUGUGCUACAUAUUAAUCCAUGGAGUAGAUCAAGAGGAUUUAUGGUUGGUUCCUCAUUAAAAUUCACAUUAUAUAUUCAUGUAUCUGUUCAGUUCUUUCAAAGCUCACGUCAUCAUUGUACACUCAGUAUUUUUCAUUCAUUUCAUGCCAUGCCUUUUGUUUUUCUCUCAGUAGUGAGACGCACUAAAUGAUUAUUUAAUGUGACAUAGCAACGGAACAAGUAAUAGCAAGUAGAACAAAUGUUUAUGAAGGAUUGUUUAUGUGUAUUUUAUGGAAAAAUACUUCCACUUUGUGCGUAUAUUUAAUUUUACAAUUGUUUUAACAUGUUCUUCCAAAUCAGUUAAGAGCUAAUUAACAAUUUAACCUAACUGCUUUACUAAAAGACUUUUUUUUUCUUUUUAGCAUUAUGAUGGUUUGUGUAUUUAGCAUACCAUGUCAUUGCUGACUUUGUUGAACAGAAUAUUUAAUGAUAGAAAUAGAAAACUAAACAUUUGUCAUGUUAUGUACAUCUUUUUUUAUUUAUUGAAUUGUGCACACUAGAAUUUUAAUUAUAUUGUGGUGUUUUUAUACAUGUAAAUAUGUAUUUUGUCCGUGAACUAAGCUGGUUUGAGUUUAUGACACUGAAACCUAAUGUAGACAGAGUGGGAGUGAUUAAUUUCAGCUGCAGCUUUAAAUUCAUGAUGUGUACAUUUAAAUUCAUGAUGUGUACAUUUAAAUCCAUGAUGUGUACAUUUAAAUUCAUGAGGGUUACAAUUUUCAUUUUUACUUGAACCACAUUAUUAACCCAGGUAUUAUUUGGAUAUCAAUAGAAAGAAAAGUCCUAUUGAUAUUUACCUGGUCUUCACUGUUGCCAUCUGGAUUGGUCUCUCAGUUGUUGGAACAAUGUUGCAAAUCACCCGGUAUUAAAAAAUAAUUUUUUUCCCUAAGAUUUCCUGAUCGGUGUUGGUGUCCAUAUCAGUUUGGUUUUAAUGUGGAAGUUCAAAAAACCUGCAUCAUCAUGCACUUGUUCUAUGUUCGAGAAUCUCGUUGUUUUCUCUGUGAAUUAUGAGAUGUGUUGAAGGAAUGAUUGUAGAUAAGUAAUUACGUUUAUGUGAUAUUGAGGAUUUUAAAGAAUUAAAUUAACAGAGGAGAGGUAAUAUUGUGAGAAGAGGAGACUGAACUCACUCUUAAUUGUUGGUGAACAAUCUUCCUUCCUACAACUGUUCACAGACACUAUUUUAUAUAUACAUAUAUAUAUAUCUUGCUGCAUACAAAUUUGUUUUGCGUGUGCAGAGUUUUAUGGAAUGAAAGAGGCAAAACGUGUGUUACAUGUCCAAAUCUGUAUUGCCAGAUAGGUUGUUCCUGAAUGGGUUAAGACUGUAAAGCUUCUCAGAUACACUGUUUUUUGUAUGGUCAGUGGCUGAACACUUGCAUCUUACACUCUCAUAAUUAGGCCUUCUCUACAUACAUUUUUGAAUUCCAAAUCUCGAACAUUUGCUCAUCUUAUAAUGUUCAGGAAAAAGUGCUUCCGUCAUUUACGUAUACAAGUAUGAAAUAAUGUCAUACAAAUAUGAUACUAGAACAGCGUACCAAAUAUUUUAGUGAGAAAUCCAUAUAUACAGCGUUUUGCUCAAUGCUCUUCCUGAUUCCCUUAGGUUUUGUAUAGUUUUAUGGUCCUCAAGGCUCUCUGUUCUGACAUCCAUUUUAGUUAGUAUUUUAAGACUUCGGGUUUAUUUAUUUUGCGAAAUCCAUGAAUUUGUUCCUAGUUUUCUUUGAUGUCGACUGGUUUUUGUUAUAUUUUAUCUUUUUGUUAACUUGAUUUGUGUUUUUUUGUGUCUUUUUUUCAGUUAUUUUGUUAUUGUUUAUAUUUUUGAAAUUG